GGUGGAGAGCAGGUACAAGGCAAGUACAAGCGAUCUAGGCGAUUGUUUGAACUAUUGAUAAGUGUUAAACAUAAGCAAGGGUCGCCCCAUGGCACGCGUCCAGUGUUUCCCAGUCCGUCCAACGGUUAACAGCUCCUAAAAUUAGCGAAUCAAGAGCGCGACCUAUCAAACCCAAAUUAACGGCAGCCAUUAAAAGACAUUCCCGAACAGCGGAAAGCUAUUAGGCAAUCGAAUCAGCACUAUGUCACAGUUGUACGAACUCUCCGAGGUGGCCCAGCAGAACGGCAAGAAUGGCAAGCCCUGCUGGCUGAUCAUCAAGGGGAACGUGUACGAUGUAACCAAGUUCCUGGGCGAGCAUCCUGGCGGCGGCGAAGCACUGCUCGAAUACGGCGGCAAGGACGCCACCAAGGCCUUCAAGCAGGCAGGCCACUCCUCCGAUGCCGAAAAGGAUCUGAAGAACUACAAAAUCGGAGAAAUCAACUCAGCUGCACCCAUUCAAGUGCAGCCCACGUCCAAUGGUGCAGCAAAGCCGGCGGCCAACACAAUAUCCGGAGAUCCCGAACCCGCGAAGAAGAGCUCCUCCGGUUUCUGUUGCUGCUAGUCAUAGGUUUACAUGUCAUUUG